ACGUGAUACACACAGGCCCAGGAAAAAGCUGCAAAUUCAGUAGCUCUUGUGUUCCUGUGUGUAUAGUGCGGCUCCGGUUACUGUGAAGAUCACGUACAAUAAACGUCACUGCAUUUGUCAUUAAAGGAGAAACAUUAUAAGAAUAUCUGACAAAUUCAGUUGCUGAAAAAAACAAUGUCUGACAAAAACCAAACCUUAGAUCUUCCUGAUGCACACGGAGAUGCAGAUAAUAAUGAUACAGUGAAAGUUGAGAUAACAGAAGAUCUGGGUGUGAGGCGUCAGCUGGGACCAACAGAUGAGGAAACCAGUGACAGUAUCAGCUCAGAUGCAGAUAAUAAUGAUACAGUGAAAAUUGAGAUAACAGAAGAUCUGGGUGUGAGGCGUCAGCUGGGACCAACAGAUGAGGAAACCAGUGACAGUAUCAGCUCAGGCCAUACUGAUGUGACGCCUUCAGAUGGCUCAGAGCACGGAGAGGAACCGGAUGUGUGGGAUCAGGUGAAGACUGAGGAGGAUGAGGUUCCUAUAAAUAUGGCUACAGGUGAAUUCACAAACUUCAGUGCAGAUUCUUCUUUACGUUUUCUUCAAAAUCAAAGACGCCAACUGGGAAAUAUAUGUUCUGAAUGUGGGAAAUGUUUUACUGUGAAGUCAUCUCUUAUUAGGCAUCAGAAAAUUCAUACAGGAGAGAAAACAUUUUCAUGUUCUGACUGUGAGAAAUCUUUUCCUCUAAAAUCCCAUCUUCUUGCACAUCAGAAAAUCCAUACAAGAGAGAGAGGAUUUUUAUGUCCUGUAUGUGGAAAAUGUUUUACUAGGAAAUCAUCUCUUAUUAGGCAUCAGAAAAUCCAUACAGGGGAGAGAGAAUUUUUGUGUUCGGAAUGUGGGAAAUGUUUUACUCUGAAAUCACAUCUCAUUAGGCAUCAUAUAAGUCAUACGGGGGAGAAAGCAUUUUCAUGUUCUGAAUGUGGAAAAUGUUUCACCUUGAAACCAGCUCUUAAUAAUCAUAUGAAAAUUCAUACAGGGGAGAAAGAUUUUUCGUGUUCUAAAUGUGGGAAAUGUUUUACUCACCGAUCAACUCUUAUAAAUCAUCAGAAAGUUCAUAUUAAAGAAAUUCGGAGCUUAACCUCUAAAGCUCAGAGGCCAACAAAGAGUUGUCAUCCAAACAAUGUCUAGAGUGCUGAUGAUAAUGGCAUGUUGUCCUCUGGGGGGUGCACUUUUUGAGGUCCUGGUCUGCACCUCAAGCAGUUGGGAAGUGGCCCAAUGUGUUUUUUAUUCAAAGGGAAUCCAGGCUCCUUGUGUAUAUAUAAUAUAUAGCUAAGUGAUCACUUUUUGUAAAUAAAAUGUGCAUUUAUUGGGGUAGCGGUUCAUUGAAGGGAACCCCCAUGUGCAAAUGAAAAUUACGUAAAUAUUCCAAAAGGCCCUUAUUUAUAUGAUAAGAAAACCUUCUUUGAAAUUUAGGUUCUGUUUCUGGCAUUUCAGUCAGGUGAUCACUGAGGUGACAUUGUUUCCCUAAUUGGAAUUUAAAUUGACCAGGUUUAUAGGUGUACAGGGUGAGCCCCUAGGUUAACAUCAAAAGUGGAAGAGGCUUCCAAAAGCUCUUGUCUGGAUUAGGAUAGACUUCAUGGUUGCAUAACAUGCAUUGUGCUGAAAUCUAAUAAUAUAUAUACAUAUAUGUAACGGCAAUUCCGUCAGCAUCAGUUUACUGCAUGGUACUAUUUUGCUCCUUUCCACAGUCAGUUUGGGCCAUGUACCCCCUCUGUUGUAGGCGGCAUUAUAACAGAAGUUACCUGAGUUAACCCUGCAAUUCCAGUCCGUUCUGAGUCCAGAGACUGUGUAAUGCAAUUAGUGUUAGAACUAUUGUUGGUGUUUGCUAUUCCGUCCUGUUUGAUUAUAAUGUAAUUAAGUUAAUCUGAUUUCGUUAACCCUUUGUUCUAGUGUUACCCGGCUAAGCCAGGAGGUCAGCAGGAUCUGAUUAAGCCCUUGAGUUAAUUUCACCUCCCAUUUAGGUAAACCGUUUACUGUAUUUAAAGUGAUGGUAAACUCUCCCCUUUAUAAAAUCAGAUCAGGAAUGUUAGUGAUAUUUUAGAUGGAGUUUAAUACAUCAGAUGUAAUGAAGAUGUGCUAUAAAUUUCUUUUUAACAUAUAUAUAAAAUUAAAAUACCCGCGCUCCGCCGCCCACUUCAUAAGUCAGUUUGUCUGUGAGCUAACGGUUUGAAUAUAUUGCUAUAUGCAAGCACCCUCGAGAACACCUAACUCCUCCUCUACAUGUCACCGCCGAGGGGCCUUGCCUUCCCCCCACUCCUGCCCCUGUUAAAUCUUACUCUGUGGCAGUUUCCACUUGACAAAGGAUAAAACAACCCGUUUUGCAAACAGAAAUAUGGAUUACAGAGGAGAUACAAAAAGCCAAAGAGAGUCUUAAAACCAAAAACAGGGCCUUGUCCUCUCUGCACACUAGAUAUUCACAUAUGUAUAGUGCGCAGAGGGGGCCAUUGAAAGUGCCACUAGAGGCAGCGAGGAAAGAGGUGGCGAAGAAGCACCUUAAAAACGUGCUGAGGAAAACCCAAACUACUAACAGGGGCACCUCCUCCUCCGAAGAGGAAUGGAGGGGCGAGAAGAAUUUCCCCAUCUUUUCACUCAAACCUCCCUCCCCCACUAAGCCUGUUGGAGACAUACAGUUAUUAUCAUUAGAGGCAGAGGAACUGCCUGGAUAUAUAAGACAAAAGAGCUUCUACAAUCCAAGGGGAUGCUGGAGAGGGCCAAAGGAGGUGCUUCCUUGACAGAGACUAGGCCUAUUAUGAUUCUAGGAGCAGGAGAGGAGUUUGCGGGCAACGUCGCCUCACUUCCAGUAACAGGUGCUCCACUUCCUUUUGCGGCAGCAGAAAUUCUGGUUGCGGCCGCAAAACCGGAAGUCACGGCAGACGCGGGCCCCAGCAGCUGUGCCGGCAUUUGGGGGGAACAAGGGUCCGGAGUUGGGUGGCGGUAUAUCACCCAUUAGCCCAGGAGAGCUGGAGGGGGGCCUGCCAAGAGGCCGAAGGUCAGAGGGAUGCCUGUCUGGACCAGGGGGCAUGUCCAAGUGUCAUACCCAUGGGGGAGACACCACCUGUUCAGGGACUCAGUGGGACUGCUGUGGAGACUGGUAAGGGGGCCCUUAUCUCAUCAGGGGUAGCUAGGAAUAUUGAGACCCCUGCCCCCAUGCCAGAUCCAAGUAGGCCCCUUAACACUGGUGCCCCCAUGGGUGGGACUAGCCCCCCCCUAGUGAUAGAACAGUUAGGGAAAGGCCCCCUGCAGACACCGCUCCCCCAACAUCAAGGUCCUUCCUGAGAAUGCCCCUGUCACCUCCCCCUCCCCUCAGGUAGUGAUCCCCGGUCCCUUUACUGUCCCUUUGCCCCCCCAUAGUCCCUCUGGUAAUCCUCCCCCCUCCGGAUUCUAAGGUUGCUGGGCCAUCCAAACCUGCAGGGCCUUUUCGCAAACAAUGUUGGCCCCUCUGCUUCAGUCAGGACCCCUCCUAUGGCACCUCCUGCUCUAUCUACUGUCAGGGCCCCUCCUGGCCCCCCUUUGGCUAUUCCUGGCCCCUCCUCUUCCAGGGCCACUCCCUUCUACCCUUGCCCCUACCACUUAUCUUUCUCUUCCUGUACCAGACACCCAGUCCCUUUAAACGGAGGAAUGUGGUCAGGAUAGAUAUUCAUGGCCUGGAAAAAGAGGACAGAAGGGUGGUUGUACAGAUGUUGAAGGACAAGGGGUUCAACAUCAGGGAAAUUUUGCCCUUAUACAACUGCCAGCCGCACCCAUGUUCGACAUCUCCUUUGUAAAUGCCCCAUGCUUAGAUUUUUUUUUUGGGGAGAGGUUUGACCAGCUCAAACAAGAUGUUGGGUCCCCCUGGUCUCGGUGUCGGCGCUCCAGAUAUCGGUGCCUGACAUAAAAAAACUCACUAUUCUUUGCUGGAACGAGAGCAUCCCAUUGGGGAUAUCUUGGCGGUUAUUCAGCAUUAUGCCGACAUCUUGGGAUACCCCGUGAAGGCCCUGGACGAGGACUAGAUCUGAAAUGGUGAGUGGAAGCUCCAGGUCAAGCUCCAACGGGAGGGAGGUACGGUGAAGCACAUUCCUAACAGGUUCUUUCUGAGGGCUUUCUUCUACGCAGGUCAACCCAAGGCCUAUCACGGAUGCGGCUCUGUGAAACACCUGAGCAUCGUCUGAGACACCCCUAGGUGCUCCUUGUGUGGGGACAUUGGUCACACUAAAGCCUUAUGUGUGAGGAUCAUGUGUAACCUCUGUCUCACCCUGGGGCAUUCCUACCAAAAUUGCCCAAAGGCUCUCCACAAUAUCGAGAGCAUCUGGCAGGGUGAGACGGCGGGAAGGACUCUCCUCCUUUGGGGGGGAGUGCCAGAGGGAGCACCUGGUCCCUCACAAGUGCAGACAUCUGAACCAUUGCAGCGCCAGGGGGUCAAUGUGGGACCUGUUUUUGUCCCUGUCCUUCCUUCUGAUCAUGGGCCCUCAGGGAUCAACUUGGCCAUAGCCCUGGGUACCCUUCCUCCAGGUAAAGUUGCCCCUGAUGGUGGGGCAGCACCUCAGGACGUGUAGUCUGUGGUGUAUGGGAAGGGUAAAAAGUCUAAAUCUGCCCCUUCUAAGCCCUCUUCUCAUGACCUUUCUACACCCCCCCCCCCUGCACAAGUACCUCGACCCUCAAAAAAAAUAUUUGCCCCUACCCCUGAUUGGACGACAAUUCAAACCUUUAUCACACAGAAAAAUUUACUUAUAAAAUGGGCGGCGGAGCACAGGGUAUUUGUAUUUCAUAUCUAUAUUAAAAAGUAAGUUAUAGCUAAUCUUCAUUACAUCUGAUGACUUAAACUCCAUCUAAAAUAACGCUUAUAUGUCGAAUCUGACUUUAUAAAGGUUUAGCAUCACUUUAAGUGGGUUCUCAAUAAAGAUCAGUCUAUUUCCCCCUUUGUCCAGUGUGUGGCUGAAAUUUGUGGGCGAAUUUGAGGCUUUUAACCUUCCUUGCUGUGGUUUUCUGGGGGACACUUUACUUUUGAGUCUCAAUUGCCAAUUUCUAUAUAAAAACACAAAAUAUUCUCUGUUUCUGUUAUGUUAGACCGGUUACCUAAUACAAUUGUAGAUCCUAAACUAUAGAAAACUUGUACUGUAUUGUUUAUAACCUUGUUUAUUAAAAUUGUAAUAAAAAUAUGCUUAUGUUUCA